AUGGCAACAGCAGCCAUGACCGAGACGACGUCUGUGGUUGAGAAGACGGUCGAGGCCAAGGCCAAGGCAAUGAAGAAGGACCUUGGCGACGAUGCAGCAACGGCAGCACACGCCCCCUCGCAGCCAGGCCGGUUCUACAUUGAGGACGGGCUCCGGCGGGUGGAGCCGUACUACUACACGUACAACACAUGGGUCAAGGAGCGAUGGCGUGGGCGGGAGGUGUUGGCGGUAUUUGAGAGCGAGUUCCGCGACCGGCCGCUGGCCUACUACCGAGCGGCGCUGGAGGCCGGCACAGUCACGGUGAACCAGCAGACAGUCGGACCAGACCAUGUGCUCCGGAACGGCGAGCGGAUUUCGCACCGAACACACCGCCACGAGCCGCCGGUGACGGCAGAGCCGAUUGUGGUGAUCCACGAAGACGACGACAUGGUGGUGAUCAACAAGCCGGCCGGGGUGCCGGUGCAUCCGGCCGGCCGAUACCAGUACAACUCGGUGGUGGAGAUGCUCAAGGCGCAGCGCGAGCCCGGCUUCAUGCCGUACCCGUGCAACCGGCUUGACCGACUGACCAGCGGCAUCAUGUUCCUGGCCAAGUCGCCGGCCGCGGCCAAGCGGCUCAGCCUGCAGAUCCAGGCACGUGCCGUGCGCAAAGAAUACCUCGCCCGUGUCGUCGGCCGCUUUCCCGACGGACAGCAGGUGUGCGACCAGCCGAUCCUGCAGAUCUCGCCCAAGCUCGGGCUCAACCGCGUGCGGGCCAACGGCCGGUCCGCCCGCACCGUCUUCCAGCGGCUGGCAUACUAUGAGGGCAGUGCUGGUGGCCGGUCCGAGGGCUACUCCGUCGUCCGCUGCCUUCCCGUCACCGGGCGGACACAUCAGAUUCGCGUGCACCUGCAGUACCUCGGACACCCGAUCGAGAACGACCCGAUCUAUGCGAAUCAGCGGGUCUGGGGCUUCGAGCUGGGUGCCGGUGAUGCGGACGCGUCCCGCAACACGGACGAGGACGUCAUCAGCCGGCUGUCGCGCAUGGGCAAGGAGGACGUCGCCGAUGCGGUCGCCUACUACGACGAGAUGGUCGACGAGUAUCACAAGCGUCGUGCCGAGAAGAUGUCCGGUCAGGUCUGCGCCGAAUGUGCCACCCCGCUCUACACCGACCCUGGCGCCCACGAGCUGUCGCUAUGGCUGCACAGUCUGCGCUACCAGGCUGCCGAUGGCGCCUGGAGCUACGUCAGCCCGCUGCCGGCUUGGGCCCUGCCGCCGGCCGGCACCAGCGGGCCUACCGAGGUCGGCGCCCUCGACGACCUCGUCGGCGCUUCCGAGGCUCGCGGUGCCAUCCAGGGCGAGGACGCCGGCCCGCCACCGGCCGUGCUCGAGGCGCUCGUGGCCAAGAGCAAGCCGCCCAAGAGCAAGACGAUCAAGAAGAGGGCGGCCAAGGCGGCUGCUGCUGCUGCUGCUGCUGCUGCUGCAGAGGAUGAGCCGUCAGGGGAGACAGAAGCAGAGGCAACAGAGACAGAGACAAAACACUCACACUCUGAUCCAACGCCACCAGAAACAGCAGAGCCAACUGCAACAGACAGCACACUCACAUCCUGA